UUUAUUUUCUCCAAAUCAAUUACAUUACCCCACGUCGUCAAAAUAGUGGUUCCAAUUAAUAAAACAUGAUGACGUGACGCACUGUAAUUGAUUUGCUCUCCAAAAAUUAAUCCAAACUCGAUCCGUCAUAGGUAUCACCAAACCAACCAACUUAAGCCUCCCCUCCAUACAUAUAUACAGGGAACCUAUUCUGACCCAUUGAGGAUUGUGUGUUUGAUCAAAUAUGUCUCAAGGAAUGGAGGGAAGAAUUUGCAGUGGGAGCUAUGCUAAACAGUUGUUUUGGAGUUACCGAUUCAUCCUUCCGUUUUUGUUAAUCACUUUCUGGGCUUGUGCUCCAUUCUCUGUCCGGUACUACUCUCGGUGGUCUUCUCUCAAGGGUGUCAACGAAGCUUUCCUUGGCCGUGACCGAAUGCGCAAACAAGAUGAUGAUUGUGUAAACGCCGAUCAAAAAAAAGAAGAUGAUCGUGUAAACAAAGCUGUAUCCGAAGAGGAAAAGCCCGUAAUUCCGAAGGAUUUAAUUGGUGAAUUGAGAAGAAAUAGUACUGCUGCUGGAUCGAUAGUUGGUCCAUUCGAUUCGACAGAAGACAGGAUUCUGGAGAACAGAUCGACGGGCGGCUGCGACGAGAAUGGGGAGUUUGCGAGGGUGGUUCGGGGGAGGAAGUUUGUAGUGGUAAUGCACGAGCUCACGAUGACAGGAUCUCCGAUUACGAUGAUGGAGUUGGCGACGGAGCUCUUGAGCUGUAAGGCCACGGUUUCUGUGGUUGUUCUUAAAAAAAAGGGCGGCUUGAUGGUGGAGCUCGAGAGGAGAAAGAUCAAAGUUGUCGAAGGUAACGGGAUUGUCAGCUUCAAAACUGCUGUGGAGGCUGAUGUUGUCAUUCCUGGAUCAGCCGUCUGUGCUUCUUGGAUCAAGCAAUACAGGGCUUAUUUCCCGGGAAGCCAAAGCGAAAAUAUUGCGUGGUGGAUACUGGAGAACCUAAGGCACUACUACGAAAUAUCGAGACAUGUUCUAAACAGAGUGAAAGUGCUGAUAUUUCUGAUUGAACCACAAUCCAAAGAGUGGCUAGCUUGGUGCAAAGAAGACAACAUCAAACUCGAUUCUCCAGAGAUUUUGGUGGCUCCUAUUGGCGUAAUUGAUGAACUGGCUUCCGUAGCAGGGAUUUCUUCUUCAUCAGACACUUCAUCUUCUUCUGGCCCUGAAGUUAUGCUCGACAAGAGAACGAAGUUGAGAAAGGCAGUUAGGGAAGAGAUGGGAUUGAAAGACAGUGAUGUGGUUGUGAUGUGUUUGGGGAGCAUUAAUACUGUAAAAGGCCAGCUUUUGUUUCUUGAAUCUGCUGCUCAAAUCAUGGUUGAAAAAGAACUUUCUAGCGAAGCCAACAUAACAGAAGUGGUAUCUGACAGUGAACGAGUACUGCAGGAACAGACACUCAAAAUUCUUAUCGGUUCACUUUGGUCUAGGAGCACUGCUUGGAGUUAUCUCGAAGCAAUGCUCAGAAUUAUAUAUCAGCAUCCAAACCUAUCCAAGUCGGUGUUGUGGACUCCGACAACUACCCGAGUUGUUGCACUUUACUGUGCCGCAGAUGUUUAUGUAACCAAUUCCCAGACAAAGUUUGGGGAAACAUUUGGUAGAGUGACGAUUGAAGCAAUGGCAUUUGGUUUACCGGUCUUAGGAACAGAUGCUGGGGGCACAAAAGAAAUUGUUGACCAUAACAAAACGGGUCUCCUACAUCCCCUGGGGCACGAGGGCAAUCAAUUUCUUGCUCAGAAUCUUCAAUUUUUGCUGGAAAACCCUAUAGCGCGGCAGGAGAUGGGGGCGAGGGGAAGAGAAAAGGUAGAGAAGAUGUACUUGAAACGGCACAUGCUUGAGAAAUUAGCAGAUGGUAUAUCCAGAUGCAUGACCACAAUCUAAGUGUCUAAUGCCUAUGAACCAUGGCUACUGAUACACAUCUACGAUACGGAUACGGAUUCAUGUAUACAUGGGUAACACAGAUUCAUUUAAUAUGUUUGAACUUUUUUUAUGCAACUUUUUUUUCGUGCGGAAGGUUUUGGUUUAAUAGUGGUUCUUUUUGAAUUAAAUUGAAGGCGUGUUAAGUAGGUGAUGUAAUGGCUUUGUUGUUAAUCUUUCUGUCCAUCUUGAAUAGGCAGUACACUUCAUAUAAA